GUACUGCAGCUUCUCGACUCGUUCCCAUCGAGGAGGCUGACACCUGAUGUAAUCUCGUUCUCGGCGGCCGCCAGCGCCUGUCGCACGCAGUGGCAGGAGGCCCUGAGUUGCCUCCAUCGUGCACUGGAGCAGUCAUUGGCUCCCGAUGCGAGUCUUUGGAGCGCCGUGGUUUCUGCCUGCGGUGAUGCCGGCGAGUGGCAGAGGGCCUUGCUGCUCCUCGCGACUGCGUGCCACGUCGACGCUGGUCUCUAUGCGGCUGCAAUUGGCGCCUGCCAGAUCGGAGCUCAGUGGCAGCUCGCGCUGCACUUCUUGGGAGAGAUGCGGCUGGCAGGUGUUUGCCACCAGCCGGGCCUCGGGAAGCGGACCAAAGAUGUCCAAGUCAGUGACCGGCUGGUGGCUUUCGGUGCUGCAAUGAGUGCUGCGGAACGGCGCAACUGGUUGUGGGCACUACGCCUGGCUGAAGACCUGGGUCAGGAGGGCCUGCGUCACAACAUCAUCACGCGGAGCGUAGCAGUGAGUGCCUGGGGCCGCGGGUAUCGCUGGCAGCAGGCUCAGGCCUUGCUGCAUAGCAUCGACCGCGAGUCGGUGCAGGCCAAUGUUUUCACCUUCACUGCCACCAGUUCAGCAGCCGAAAAGGCGCAGCGGUGGCGGACGGCCGCGGAUCUGCUGUGUGUUAUGGGCUGUCAGAGUGUCCAGCCCAACGUGCAGGCCUUCAGCGCCCUUUGCAGCGCCUGGGCCGAAGAUGGAUCCUGGCGCCAAGCCGCGGCGCUAGUGCAAGUGAUGCAGACAGCAGGCCCGCCGCCAAACCAAUUCACAUUCAACGGCCUAGCACGUGCAUGCCAACGGGGCGACAGCUGGACCCAUGCGCUACGGCUUUUUGCCAUGCUGGACGAGGGAAGAGGAUUGCAGCCAGAUCUCCUUACCUUGGAUGCGACCAUCAAGGUCUUCGAGACUGGAGGUCAAACGCGGCUCCUCCCACCUCUUGCCCAUUCACUCCAGUUCGUCAGAACGGCAGACGGCAACCAGGAAGCGUUGGUUCUCGAGCUCUUGGGCCAUGCUCUCUUGGCAUCGCAGGCUGCAGCCUUUGCCCGGCGUCGUGUGAAGCCCGCACUGCGCAGGCUACAAGGUUGGCUGCAGCCCAGCGACCAAGAUUCUGUCCUCGCGGCGCAGUUCAGCCUUGGAGAACUGCACACGGCCCACGUGUUGAGGAGGACUUCCUUGUCGUUCCGAUAUGCGUCGUCACGUGCUUGGCUGCCAAGCGCCCGUCGUGCUGCGCGAGCCAGUGGCAGAAGCUCCCCCUCUGAGCCCAUGGCGAAGGAACUGCCGGCAUCCAUGGCGAUAUGCUCCGAGAAACAAGCCGUGCGAUGCCGUGCGUUUGGCCACGGUGGGAGCAGGCGCUACGAAGACAUGAAGCUGCUGAUGCAAGUCUAC